CGAGGCUGUCAGCUGGAAGUCUUUUGUUAUCCCCGCUCAUCACGGCCACCCGACAGGAAUGAUGGCCAACGUGAAGCCCGGCACAUAGCAGCGAGCUUUCAGGGGUUUUCAGGUUACCGCAGCUGCUGAGAAGGCUCAGUGGGGCGACGCUGCCCCCGUCACCUGAACCACAAAAGAGGGGGGCACACUGGACAGGAUGAGCGAGGGUCCGAGGAAGCGGAGCAGCAGCAGCAGCAGCAGCAGCAGCGGCGGCAGGAGCGGGGGAGGUCAUUCGGAGCCGCCAGACCCUCAGUCGGGUGUGGGGAGAGAUGAAGGAGGAAGCUCCGGGGUGGCUCUGAAAAAACAAAUCGGCCUAGUCAGCGCCUGUGGCAUUAUAGUGGGCAACAUCAUUGGAUCCGGGAUUUUUGUGAGUCCUAAGGGGGUUCUGGAGAAUGCCAGCUCAGUGGGUGUGGCCCUCAUCGUGUGGGUGUCCACUGGAGUAAUCACAGCUAUAGGUGCUCUUUGCUAUGCAGAAUUAGGCGUGACCAUCCCCAAGUCAGGGGGAGACUACUCCUAUGUCAAAGACAUCUUUGGAGGACUGGCUGGGUUUCUGCGACUGUGGAUUGCACUGCUGGUUAUUUACCCCACCAACCAGGCUGUGAUUGCGCUCACCUUCUCUAACUACGUCCUGCAGCCUCUCUUCCCCUCCUGCCUUCCCCCAGAGAGUGGGCUUCGUUUGCUCGCUGCCAUCUGCCUGAUGUUGCUGACAUGGGUGAACUGCUACAGUGUGCGCUGGGCCACGUGUGUCCAAGAUGUCUUCACCGCUGGCAAGCUUUUGGCCCUGGGCCUCAUCAUAAUCAUGGGUUUCGUCCAAGUUUGCAAAGGUCACUAUUACUGGUUGGAGCCAGCACACGCCUUUGAAACCUUCCGUGACUAUGACGUCGGUCUGAUAGCCCUGUCUUUCCUGCAAGGCUCUUUUGCUUACGGAGGCUGGAACUUCCUCAACUACGUCACAGAGGAGUUGGUAGACCCGAACAGGAAUCUACCACGUGCAAUCUUCAUCUCUAUCCCUGUGGUCACCUUUGUUUAUGUGUUUGCCAACGUGGCCUACGUCACAGCCAUGAGCCCCCAGGAACUACUGGCCUCUAAUGCUGUAGCAGUGACAUUUGGAGAGAAAUUGCUAGGAGUAAUGUCAUGGAUCAUGCCCAUUUCUGUGGCGCUCUCCACCUUCGGGGGAGUCAAUGGCUCCCUGUUCACGUCAUCGCGACUUUUUUUUGCCGGAGCAAGGGAAGGCCAUCUCCCACGUCUACUGGCCAUGAUUCAUGUCAGACGCUUCACUCCCAUUCCAGCCUUACUGUUCACUUUGAUCUCCACUCUGCUGAUGUUGUGCACCAGUGACAUUUACACCCUCAUAAACUAUGUGGGUUUCAUCAACUACCUCUUCUAUGGCGUCACUGUUGCUGGGCAGAUUGUGCUGCGCAUCAAACAGCCUGACAUGUAUCGACCUAUCAAGGUGAGCCUGGUAUGGCCAGUGAUCUACCUGCUGUUCUGGGCCUUCCUGCUGGUCUUCUCCCUCUACUCUGAGCCUGUGGUCUGUGGUGUUGGAUUGGCCAUCAUGAUGACCGGUGUCCCUGUCUAUUUCCUGGGAGUCUACUGGGAAAACAAGCCACUGUGUUUUGAUAUUACUAUUGGUAAAAUGACUCUUCUUUGCCAAAAGCUCUGUUUGGUGGUGUACCCAAACAUGGAGGAGAACCCAGAGCCCCGUGGUCCGACAAAAACGGACAAAGGCGAGGAAGAUUGAUAAAGCCCAUAAAUGGCUAUUUGAUCAUGUUCACAGACAAGUCCUCACACUUGGAUGUGGUUCAAGGUGGGAGAAAAAAGACACAUGGGGAAGAAUCUCAGAAAGAUGAGCAUAUUUAUUCACUUAAUGGAAAUGUUAACAAUCUAAUAUGGUCCACAGCACUGGACUUUCUCGCUUUGAUUUUGACUGGCCUUAAUUCUGGACACAGUUGUUUCAGCGUAUGGCCCUGAAAUGGGUGUUUGAGAUGGAAUAUCAAUUACAUUGAACAGAAAUUAUGGAUCACUGUCAUUUUUUUGUUUUCACACUAGUAUUUAAGCCAUCU